GUGGACUUGUUCUCUUAGAUACCCAACAUUUGCCCUUGAUCUGCUUGUUUCAGCUUACGAUCCACAUGCUCAGCUUUUUCAGGUCUUGAGGGUGCGACACGGCUCGGGUGAGCGUGAUGAGUGACAUCAUCGGCCCCGUUCAUCACAAACGCCACACCUCCCUCGCUUCCCAUACGCCUCUCCGCAACCGACCAUGCAUCCCAGCGUCACCUCGCCAACAACCCCAUAACUUGUUACCCGCUCCGUUAUUGCGUGCAGCCACCGCGGAGCCCGAGCCUUGUCUUCCGCCGAGACAAUCAAGAGGCAUUCCAGUCGCUGCACCGGUCAUCUCCUUGAUUGGCCACCCAUCAUUGCCCCUUCUGGACCUUGACAGACCAAGGGUGGCUGGCUUUUACCGCACUGCAAUGACGUCGAGGGGUGUGGUAUGACUUGCAGGCUUGUCCUGCGUCUGUGCCAUCCAUAUCGUAAUUGUUGGGAUGGGAAUGUAGGCAGCCGCUUUGAGUCUUCGAUGUGCAUCAUCGCAUAUGGGUCUGGAUCCUACACUUAUA